AUGGCGCCCCCAGCCAAACGUCGAAAGCGCAAUGUCCUCCCAUCUUCGGACGACGACGACGAAGUCCCAACACCUCAACCCAAAGCUCUUACGUCCAAGUUGAGAGCCCCCUCCACUGAAUUAUCUACACAGAUCUCAAAUGGGAAAGGUUCUACAUCAUCCGCGAAGCCGUCUGGCCAGUCAAUGGUAGCUCAGACCAAAUCUCAGCCUCGUGCGAAGACGGCGAAUCAUCCCCACAAUGCGGCACCAAUAUACCUCCCGAAAACCUCUCGUGCGAGUACAAAAAGCGCGAGCAAUAGUCCAGAGAAGCCAAAGCGAAAGGGGAAGACGGAAGACAAAGUUAAGAGCGGGGAUAUCUUCUCAUUCUUUACGAAACAGGCACAGCGGCAGAAGGAGGCUGGCAUAGUCAAUGGGAAGGAUGCGAGACCUACAAGAACCCCUUCCAAUGAAUCGAAAGCUUCUCAACAAGAUGAGUUUGAUCACAUUUCUGACGACGAAUUGUUGGAUCAAAAGGCAAAUUCGUCGAGCAUGAUUAGGGUAGCCGCUCGCAAACGGGGACUGGAAGGGUUUGGCAGAACGGAUGGUGACGCUCCUAGCAUGAGCCAGAAGUUCAUGAAGAACCCGAAAUCUACUUCUACGAUCAGAGUGGAGGAAGACUUGCGCCCUUGGGCUGAGCGUUUUGCACCCACAAACCUGGACGAACUGGUAGUACACAAGAAGAAAGUUGGAGAUGUUCGUGGAUGGCUGGAAGACGUUAUGGGUGGUCGAAUGAGGCAGCGCAUGCUCAUAUUGAAAGGACCAGCUGGCACCGCGAAAACGGCGACAGUCGGACUUUUAGCAGACGCAAUGGACUGCGAAGUGCUCGAAUGGAGAAAUCCUGUCGGCUCAGUCGCAACCGGUGACGGAUUCCAGUCAAUGUCCGCACAAUUUGAGGAGUUUCUGGGUAGAGGUGGAAAGUUUGGACAAUUGGACAUAUUUUCUACAGAUGGCUCCUUACCGGCGAAACCGGAUACCAGACCUCUCGAUCGACGGAAAAGGCUAAUAUUGGUCGAAGAAUUUCCAAAUACGUUUACACGUUCUUCAACAGCUCUGCAAUCAUUCAGAACCGCUAUUUUACAAUAUCUAGCAUCCAAUACUCCUCCACUAUCAAUGUUUCAUAAUAAGGAUAUACCAAAAGAGCCUGUGACGCCAAUUGUUAUGAUAAUAUCUGAAACAUUACUCACCACUACCUCAGCAUCGGCAGAUAGCUUUACAGCACAUCGUCUGCUUGGCCCAGAGAUACUGCAGCAUCCUGGUGUUGGUGUCAUUGAGUUCAACCCAAUAGCGCCAACUCUACUUGCUAAAGCCUUGGAAACUGUUGUGCAAAAAGAAUCUCGCAAGUCCGGACGCAGGAAGACACCUGGGCCUCUUGUUCUGAAAAGACUUGGGGAGAUUGGGGACAUUCGAAGCGCAAUUGGAUCUUUGGAAUUCCUCUGUCUACGAGGUGAUGUAGACGGAGACUGGGGAGCUAAAGUUGCAUUUGGCAAAGGAAAGAAAGCUAGUAAGGACCUUGCUUUAACCAAAAUGGAAGAAGAAAGUCUUGAAAUGGUCACUCGAAGAGAAGCAAGUCUCGGUAUUUUCCAUGCCGUUGGCAAAGUCGUCUACAACAAACGUGACUUAGAGAAACCAUCUCUACCUCCCAACGAGGAUGUCGAAAAACUCCCAGAUUACCUGUCCCUCCAAGCCCGUCCAUACAGAUCACAAAUCGUUGUCGACGAACUAAUCGACGAAACCGGAACCGACACGCAAACCUUCAUCGCCGCCCUCCACGAGAACUACCUCCUCUCCUGCGACGCCCCUUCCACCUCCUUCGAAGUCUCAACCCUCGACCACGUAAAUGGCUGUCUGGACGCCCUCUCCGACAGCGACCUCCUCUGUCCCUCCUGGGACGGCUCCUUCAACUCGACCGGCUUUGGCGGCGGCACAGGCGGACGAGGAACCGGCGGCGACAUUCUGCGACAAGACGAAAUCACCUUCCAAAUCGCCGUCCGCGGCAUCCUCUUCGCCCUUCCUAACCCCGUAAAGCGCGCUUCACCAGCAGCGAGCGGUCUUCGCACCGGCAAGGGCGGAGACGCGUAUAAGAUGUUCUACCCAACUAGCUUGAAGCUCUGGCGUAUGAAAGAGGAAAUCGAAUCUACGAUCGACCAUUGGGUUACUAAACUUAUGAAAGGAGAAGAAGAACAUCUCUCUACCAUCACGAGCGGCGCUGCGCAAUUCGCGAAAGCUAAACCUGGGACGGUGGAGAGUUGGAAACGACCUUCCACGCACUCCUCUUCGACCUCAAAGGACAAACCUCCCGCUCCGCUCCUCUCGAUAGGUACAUCCGCGCGUAAAGAAAUGCUGCUGGAACGACUGCCUUAUAUGACGCUCCUCGCGAAAGCGAAAUCUAAAUCCUCGGCUUCGAAUGCGGUGAUCAGGGAUUUAGAGAAAGUCACGGCGUUUAAAGGGAUUGGACCGCAGAGUGAGGAUACACCUGAUGAGGACGGAGAGGGUGUGGUGGGCGAGGAGUGGGCUACUGAUAAGCCUGGAGAAGGGUCGAGUCCGAGGAAGAAGGGACUGGUUAUUAGGGGGCGAGGGAGUGGCGGAUUGCCGGUUGCGAAGGAUAGGGAGGUUAAGUUGGUUUUGAGUGAUGAUGAUAUUGAGGAUUGA